AUGGUGAACCGAUUCAUCCUUUCCGCGUUCUUCUUACUCAUAUUGGGAGUUGCCUCAGUGUCGGCGAUCGACAAAUAUGACAAUGGCACCUAUAUUAUCACUGCUCCAGCCAUAAUACGCCCUGGUCUUCCGACCAUGAUCAACGAUGAUAAAGCGGAAAAAAGCUUUGAGAUUAAAGAAUAUGUGCUUCCAAGAUUUAAUACGAAGGUUACGUUGCCAUCGUUUGGUUUGAAUACCGAUGACAAGCUUACGAUAUCCAUCUCAGCAAAAUAUACCUAUGGUAUGCCGGUCAAAGGUGUAGCAUAUAUUAAGUUGAACCCAAAAUACUGGUAUUCUAGAGGCUCAAAAAUUCCUGAAAUUAGAAAGGAAGAAAAGAUCGAUGGGUAUUUAAACAUAUCAGUUCCAACAUCCGAUAUUAAAUGGCAUUUAAACAAAAAUAAAGAACUAAAUUACUUCAAUUUACUGGUCAACGUCAUCGUUAUGGAAAAGUUAACGAGUAUCAAGGAAAAUGGAACCUCCAGCAUGACUUAUUAUUCACGGCCUUAUCGUGUUAAUGUCGUGUCAUCAACGUCUGCCUUUAGACCAGGAAUGCCUUAUCAUGCUAUGGUAAAACAUCGUUAA